AUGGGGGGAAGUCAAGGGGGGCGGAAGCGCCGUCAAAGGGCGGCACGGAGCUCGAACGAAGCCGGUCAAGCUGGUGACAGCGUCUUUGAUGCAUUAUAUCCAGAGCUUCUGGACUGCAUCUUGCGGCGGGCGGCGGUCCACAGCUCGCGGGCUUGGAAACGGUUGGCUCUGGUGAACAAAGCCUUCCAAGACUCUGCACUGCGCUGCUCAGGAACCUUGGUGCUCCGCCGAGGGGGUCUGCUGACAAAGGGGCCGUUGAAGCUGCGACCUCUGCAGGGCGCAGAGGCGUGUGCUGCCCUUUCCAAAGAGAUCGGCGCUCGGCCGAGGGUUUCGAGGCUGGUCCUGAAGGGGGACGUCAAGCUUGCUGCCGCUUUUUUGCCCGCCAUUUUAGAGUUUGGAGCCCGCUGGAUCUCCUUGGAGACAUUGCAACUCGAUGUACAUUAUGACAAGACGCUCUCGAGUGCCCUGCUGGAGGAGGUCACAGACCGGUGCACGUGCUUGCGCCAGCUUUUCCUUUUCUGCUACCCCCGUGUCUCUUACUCUUCGAGGCCCCCUCUGAAGCUUCCCAACUUUGCAGAGAAGUGUCCCGAAUUGGAGCGCCUUGUAGUCAGUCAAGGCGGAUCGGUUAAUAGCUCUAGACCCCUUCUCGGCCUAAGCCUCUAA